CUAUGGCUGAAGUGAACUAUUUUGAUUCGAGACGGCUAUCAGGCACCUUGACAUCGAAAUCUCGCGAGACUAAGUCUCACAUCUUUGACUAUUUCCGCCCGUGAGCAAGAUGGCAUCCUUCUUCAGGCACGCAUGGGCUCCUCUACUGUUCACGCCGUGUCGGAUUAGCGUUGGGAGCCGUCGCGGCAUUCGCGGUCUAAGAAGGAAACCUCUCUGCGUGCUUCCUUCGGUUGCGGAGACGCAGGAGAAGCAACGGAUCGUCCCCAGCAAAAUUAAGGCCAGUUACAUACCAAAAGCGCCCCCAAAGGAGCGCCAACCGGAACCGGAACCCAAAGAGGCGGAGCUGCGUUACGAGCGGGCCGGACCCAACGAGAAGAGACUGAGGAAUUUGGUGACCCUGGCUAAGUCCAGGGCGUUCCGCGAGAAGCAUGGGAGAAUUCUGCUGGAAGGCCGGAGGCUCAUUUCGGAUGCUUUGGAGGCGGGAGCUAUUCCGCAGAUGAUCUUCUUUAGCUUAAUGGAGAAUCUGAAGCUGCUGCCAGCGGCCAAACUCAAACGGGCCACCCUCGUCAAAGUGAAAUACAAUGACAUCAAGAUGUGGUCGGAUGUCAUCACUCCACAGGGGUUGAUUGCCCUGUGA